AUGAAUGACGAUAUAGAAAAUUCGAAAGUUUUUCUUGUGAAAAAGAAAGAAAAUGACGCCCAUAAAAAAUUUUUUGAUGAUUUAGAAGAAAAAAGUAAAUGCAAAGUUGAUGAAAAUAUGAUAAUUAAUACUUUGGAAAAUUGCAAUGACAACGAAGAAAUUCAGUCACUUGAAAAUCUAGUACACCAAUUAGCUAAUUCCAAAGUCGUGGAAUUACCAUACUAUGGUUCUUUAAAAAAACUUAUUGACUUGAAAGAUGAAAAGUCAAUUAUGGAGUUUUUUGAUUAUUGUGCGAAAGUGUGCAUCGAAGAAGAAAAACUUGAGCUCAUGUGCGAAGUUAUUGUUCUACUCCAAGAAUUCAUUGAUAUACCCUUCUACAAGAGUCCGGUGGCCAGGCUUAUAAAACAGCUCACUUACGUUAAGGUUCCAUUAAAAUGGUGUAAAUUAAGAGAAUACCAAUCAAUAAACGAAAAUCUUUAUGGUUACAAGAUUCAUAAUCCAAAGUUGUCCAAAUUUGACAGGUAUCAAACAAUCCCUCAACACUUUGCCACGAUGUGCUAUUUACCAUUUCCCGGCCUAUGCAGUUAUCCGGAGGACCCUACUGUGUUCAAUGCCUUAUUUCCACAUAAAAUAAGUCCCUUUGCAAAAUUCAUAAUCACCUAUCCCGACGAAAUAUUUCAAGCUUCUCAUGCUUCCUCUGAAAUAAUUGAUUCUCCAGCUUUUCACGCCAUUAUCAAGUUUAAGUGGCCGAUUUUCUCAAAAAUCAUGAAUCUACGGAUUAUAAGCACUAUCUUGGGAGGAUUUCUAACAAUCUGCAUAAUCCGAUAUUCUUUUAUAAUGUAUUUGAACGGUGCCGGUGCCAGGUUUUUUUCUCCUACAAUGUUUCUUACAUUCGCAGGGAUUGUCCUACCUGUUGUUACUCUAUUCCUGGGGAUCGUCCAAAACGAAAAUAAAAUACUCCCUAUUCUCCAAGCUUUAUCAAUCGGUUUCCUUUGGAUUGGUGCAAUCCAAUUUUUAGUUGCCUUUAGGAGAAUCGGAAUUUUCAUCAUUGGCUUAGUUAUAUUCGCUUCUGCCCACGGAUUAGUGGUUUAUUCCUAUAAAAUAAUCGAAGAAGAAAAUGUGACUGAUGUUGAAACUAAUGCAAAGCUUGGGAAGUUUAAAGAACUUACUCAUUAUACCAAUUCACUCAAUGCUUAUUGGGCGGGGUUUCUGAGUGAUUACAGUUUAUGGCCAGAAGGAGAUCCCUUUAUAUAUAUCGCAAAGGUUGCAUACUCACUCUUUAUAACUGUCGUAAUCCUGAACAUUAUGAUUGCACUUGUAAAUAAUGUCUAUACAGAAGUACUUAAUCGUGCACACACUGAAUGGACCAUGGUACGGGCACAAAUGAUUGUCAUCAUUGAACUCGCUACAAUGACGCCAUCUAAUCGUCAAAAUAGGGAUUAUUUUCCUUGGACCAUAUUUUAUAAAGCUUUCACUGAAGAUGUUGAAAGUUGGCACCAAAAGCUCGAAACAGAUAAUAUCACAGUUUCACGGAAUAAAAUCCAGAGUUUAGAUGAAAUGGCAGAUGAAAUAGCCAAAAUGAAAGAUGGUGCGAUAAAAACAAAAAUGACAGAUAAAUUAAAUGAAUUGAGGCAAAUCUUCUCAUGA